AUGCUGUCCAAUCCCAGGCUCGUGCCUGUUCGGGGGACUUUGAAUGUAGUGAUGAAUCAGGACGUGACCCUCUCCUGCCACUCAGACUCUGGAUCUCCACCUGUCAGAUACACAUUGUUUAAAGACAGUCAGAAGGUAUCCACUUUAAACAGGCCAGACUUGACCCCGGGUUUAUUUAACCUGACUAUCAACUCUGCCAGUGAUAUAGGUGAAUACAAAUGCAAAGCUGAGAAUAACAUCUCCAGUGGAAGAAAAUACAGCAACAGUCUCAACUUCACCCUUGGAGAGCCAGUUUCCAAACCAGUGCUGAGCUCACCCACCUCUCAAGCAAAGAAAGGCCAGAACGUGACCCUGUCCUGUCUCUCAGAGAACGGCUCUCUUCCUAUCACAUACAUAUUCUUCAGAGGAAGACAGACCAUCCCUCCCCCAGUGAAGAUGGAGAAGAGAGAAGCAGCUGUGAUUUUUCUGUUUAUCAAUUCCUCUAGUGACUUUGGAACCUAUAAAUGCAGAGCUGAGAACAGCUUCCGCAAUAACACAAAAUACAGCAACGGUUUCAACUUCACAUUAGCAGAAGAGAGACACCAUUAUCAACCCCUGAUAAUUUCUCUUGGGCUGAUCUUGCUGCUGUUUGUGAUAGGAUUUGCUCUGGCAGUUCGAUUUUUCAUAAUUCCUUCAUAUAAAGCAAAAAAAUGUAAGUCUACUAGGCCCUCAACUGGCCUUACUUCAACAGUGAAUGCAGAAGACUCUGAAAAUGAUGUCAUAUACACAGAGAUUGAACCUGUGAGAGCAGAAGAAUAUGUCAACUUUUCUGUUCUUAGAAGAGAAGACAACAAAGAGAAGAAGCCUUGUGCCACAGUCUAUUCAAAGGUCCUCAUCAGAGACACAGUACAAGGUAAGAGCUCUCUUGUGAUUAACUUAGUCAUGUAUUUCCAGGCAUCUUUUUCAGUGCUCAGAUGUGGUAACCUGGAACACUUGGAUGGUCUAGAUUUGACAGAAAACAGAUGCACCAAUUUUUAG